UAUCUACAUAAAAACACAUAGUGAGGAAUACCAUGGAACCAAAAGGAGUUGGUUUGGGGGCUUCUUUAUUGGUGCCCAGUGUACAAGAACUAGCUAAGGAACCACUUACUAAGGUUCCAACUCGAUAUGUUCGCACUGAUCAAGACCCCCUGGUCGUAUCAUCGUUGUUGUCUUCACUGCCUAAAGUGCCAAUCAUUGAUAUGGAUAAAUUAUCAUGUGAGGAUUCAGCUGAUGAUGAAUUAGAAAAACUACAUCGUGCUUGUAAGGAGUGGGGCUUCUUUCAGAUCAUAAAUCAUGGGGUGAGUUUACCAUUAAUGGAGAGAAUGAAGAAAGAGACACAAGAAUUCUUUAAGUUGUCAAUGGAUGAAAAGAAGAAGUUUUGGCAAAAGAAUGAAGACAUUGAGGGAUUUGGACAAGCUUUUGUUGUGUCCAACGAGCAAAAACUAGAUUGGGCUGAUAUAUUUUACCUGGUUACUCUUCCUGAUAAUAUUAGAAAGCCUCAUUUGUUUCCUAACCUACCUCUUCCUUUCAGGUCAGUCAUCCAUCUUCUUAUUUGUGUUGGGAUUUAUGCUUUCAAACAAGUUGUUCAUAAAAGUCAACUAUGA